AUGUGUAAAGAAGAAGAAGUAAAAGAGCCCGCAAGCCCGGGAGCCCGCUUAAUGCAGGCACCGGGCUUCGACCUCUGCAUAUUAGCCGUCUUUGGUUAUAAGACGAAGAUCGAUCUCGACUUGUUUAAGGAGGAAAUAGGCCAAACACUAGCUAGACAUCCUCGUUUUUGUAGUUUGCUGAUCGCCAAGAACAAAAUGUUUGGCACAUUUUCAUGGCAACGUACGAAAAUAGACUUAAACAAACACAUCAUUGCCCCGAAAAUCGAUCCAGGCGUGGAAAACCCAGACGAUUUCAUUGACGACUACAUUUCGAGCCUUUCGAAAAGCCAAAUGACCCACGACAAGCCUUUAUGGGAGGUUCACGUGCUCAACGUGAAAAACUCGGACGCGAAUUCGACUGUGGUCUUCAAAAUCGACCACUCUAUUGGCGAUGGUGUGUCCUUGAUUUCGCUCGUCAUGGCUUGUGCUCGGAAAAAACCCGAAUCCCAAUAUUUGCCGCCCGUUGCAAAUAAGAAAGCACGCGAAGAAAAAGUCGACGCGAAAAAUGGUUUGAUGAAGAGAUUGUUUGUCUCGGUUUGGACAUUGAUUUUGCUUUUGUUCAACACUUUAGUCGACUUGUUGUUGUUUUUGGCGACCCUUAUGUUUUUGAAAGAUACGAAGACGGUUAUUAAAGCGAGCGGCAAUGUGGAGUUGUGUCCGAGGAGAUUCGUGCGUCGGGUUAUUAGCCUUGACGAUGUUAAGCUCGUCAAGAAUGCUAUGAAUGUGAGCAUUAACGACGUUGUGCUUGGAGUCACGGAAGCUGGCCUCACCAGUUAUCUCAACAGGAGAUACGAAAAACACGACGAAAAUGGUACGAAAAUUACCAAGAAAGGUUCCGAUUCUCUUCCCAAAAACAUCCGCCUUAGGUCAGCUUGCAUUUUCAACCUCAGGCCGUGUGCAAAACUCGAGAAUUUGGCCGAGAUGAUGGAAAAGGAGAAGCUGUUGAAGGGAAUGUGGGGCAAUUUAGUCGGCAUUGUUGUGCUUCCUCUAACCAUUGCCCUUGAAAGCGAUCCCUUAGCCCACAUACGAAGGGCUAAAUCGACUAUGGAUAAAAAGAAACUAUCGCUCGGCCACAAAGUCGCGUUUGGAGCCAUGAAGCUAAUGAUGUUUUUGUUCGGAAGCAAAGUGGCGGCUGGCGUGUCGACUAGAGUUUUCCGUAACACGACGCUAUCCUUCUCGAAUGUGGUGGGCCCACGAGAGGAGAUCAAUGUGUUUGGUCAUCCCUUGGCAUAUAUUGCCCCUUCUGUUUUUGGUUAUCCUCAGGGACUGGUGAUACAUUACCAGAGCUACGCAGAUCGGCUCGUGAUAGUCUUAGCUGCUGACGAGGCGCUGUACCCUAAUCCUCGUCAACUAUGCGAUGAUUUGGUUAGGUCUUUCGAGACUAUGAAAGAAGCUGUAAAGGAAAAAGGACUUUGUUGA